AUGAGCGAUUCAGACAGUGAAGAUGAAAAUACGUCUCUUCCACCAGUGCAGAAUUCUUCUUCCGAAACAAGUUAUGAUGAAGAAGAGGAAAAAGAAGCGAAGCCAGAACCUGUGGAGACCGAAGAAAAGAAAGAUGAAACUUUGGUUCAGUCAGUUCAAGAUAACGAUAUCAAGAUGACGUCGUCCACGUCGAGUCAUGUUCAGCGAAAACCGCGAAGAAAAAGAUUUAUACCAAAAUAUGAUGUUGAAGGUGUAGUAAAAGUAAUAUUGGGUGAGGAAACACAAAUACAAAUAGAAGUCGCAGUAGGUGUCCAUGUGACCGUACAGUACCCUUGGAAAGAAGUACCAAAAGCUAAAAUUAUGGAAAACAUAACUGUAGGUGGGGAAUUGUCGGAAUUUUUCCCUUUGAAACAAGAACUUGAGGCGUAUAGUGACGAAAAUAUUCUAAUAGGAUAUAUUGUUGAUGAGUCGAAAGAUUCAGAUGAAUAUUAUGUUUGUUGCACUAAAGAAGCUAGAGAUCAUUGUAAGCAGCAGUCUGAUAGAUUUAUAAAAAGACAAGAAAAGAAGUUAGAAAAAGCUUUACAAAAGAAACCUAGACCGUGGAUUAGCUUAGGUAGCGAAAGAGAAAUUAUUGGUUUAUUACCCAGAAAUACUAGGAAUUUGAUGGAAGUUGAAAUAAAGUCUAAAUUUCCUACUGAAUAUGAACCCAGUACAUUUCAGAUCAGAGACGCGGAUGCUGUUAGAGAUGGAUUCAUAGAGUUAACACCAUAUCGACAGAAAUUCAAUAAUGUUUUUCGACGUAGAGUUGAUUGUGCUAUUCAAGCAGCUCCUCCAUUGAUUAACAAAGCUGCUCAAACAGUAUUAAGAUAUCCUCAAAAUAAGUGGACACAGUCAAUUGCAGAUGCUUUAGGAUCAAAUGAUAAUGUUGAGGCAGGAGGAGGGGGAGACGUUGGCAAGCCGUUGGUAGAGGGAGAAGAACCCGCUCAAGUCAAUAGCUCCGAUGAUGAAGGUGAAAAGGAGGCUGAAAAACCUGACGAAGCUGCUCUGGUUGCUUAUAGAGCUGCAUUUAGGCGUAUGCGUCGAGCUUCUUAUAUAAAACUGUUAAAUAGUUUUAUUUCUUCUAAAACCGUUGAAAUGAAUUCAAUCAUAGAACUUAAUACGGUUAUGGAUAUAUAUUGCAAUGAUUAUCCAAAACUAAUUUUACAAAAAUCAACAGAUACGUAUGCUACGAUGACUUUUGAAGAAUAUGUCUGUUUUACAGAUGUCAGAGCUAAAGAUAAAUACGUAUCUUGUGCUGUAUUUCAUCCGAUGUGGUCUGGAAUCGUUGCUAUUUGUUACUCGGAUGGAUCACCAAAAGUUAUGAAGACUUUAAGUUCACGCCCAGAUCCCAUUCAGAGAGCUGUGUAUGGUCUGAACCCUGUAAUGAUAUGGAGCCAUAUAGAUAGCUUAAUCCCAAAACUUUAUUUAGAAUCACCUCGAGAAGUCAAGGCUCUAUCGUUUUGCCCUUUUAAUGAAAAUAUUCUUAUUGGUGGUUGUAUCAAUGGCCAAGUUGUUGUUUGGGACAUUACUCAUAAACUUGAAAACGUUGAAAAUAUAGAAGUUUUAAGUGAAACAAGAGAAAAAUAUAAAAUUGCUAUGAACGCUCACAUGGGAUGGAUGAAACCCGUACAAGACAGUGCUGUUGUAAGUGCUACUGUGUUAAGUAAUCAAAUGACUAGUCAUUAUGGACCUAUAACUGAUAUCAAAUGGCUCUCACCGAAUUUCACUGUCACAUCUACUGGUAAAAUGAUAUUAAAUGAAAAAGGAAAAUACUCGUUACAAUUUGUUACGAGCUCUGAAGAUGGCAAUAUCCUUAUAUGGAACUUAACAACUGAAAAUAUAAAUAUAUUUGAAGGCAAAAAAGUAAAAAAAUCAAAAAGAGUUGCCAAAAGACCUUCAGGAUUACUUACUGAUGUUUCACCCUUUAAAAUAUUAGAUCGUAUUUUACAACCAUGCUACAAGAUAAUUUUAGGUACAGCAGGUCAACCACAAACACUAUGUUUGCAAGCUUUUGCUAUGAUCGUACCGCCACUUAACUAUACUCAUACACCAAAACCCGAUGGCAAGGGCAGAAAGUAUUUUAGCUGUAGUAUCUUACCACAAAACAAAGAAGCAAUAAAUACGAACCUUUACUGCGGUUCACAGCAUGGAGAAGUAGUAAAAGUAUCUUGGGAAGGCCAUGAGUUCAAUACGGGCGAAGUAGUGAAUUCUGAAUACUGUGAUAUAAAAUUUAACUGUUGUAUACAUGAUGGGGUUGUAUCUUCUUGUACUAAAAAUCCCCUUAUAGAUAGUCUAACAUUAACCGUUGGAGGAAAAAUAUUUGCAAUUUGGAAUGACAAAUUAGCAGGUCGUCCAUUGACCUGGAAGAAACGACCUUACCGUUUGACUGAUGGAGUAUGGUCUUUGUAUAAACCUAGUUUACUUUUUAUUUCUACCUGUGAAGGGAAUCUCGAGACAUGGGAUUUACUACUAAGAAGCGAUCAACCUAUAUCUGUUCAAACCCUCUCUGGUACUAUGCUUACAGAUAUAAAUUUACACACACUACCAUUGACCAAAAAUUUAAUUGGAGUCAGCGAUGGCAAUGGUUCUUUUAGGAUGUAUUUAAAUCCUCCUAUAUUUCAACUGGAAAGUGCUGUUUAUAACGGACGAAUGGAAGUUAUGAUUCAAAGAGAGUUAAACGUUAUGAAUAGUUUUUUGGAGUGGCAAGACAAAUACAUGAGCAGUAACCCGCAAAUCUUACUUGAAAUGAAAAGAAAAGAAGGAGCUAUUCUGGCUGAAAAGGAAGAAGAAAAACGUAGACUUAGAGAAGAACAAGAAAAGAGACAAGAACAAGAAGCUGAAGCAAAAAGGUUAGCUAGCAUGAAAGUAAUUGGUCCUGAAGAAAGAUGGCAAAGGAUUAUACAAAAACUAAUAGAGCGAACGAUUGCAGUCAAGAAGAGAAUAAAUCGAGCAGAAUUAAUAGAACAUGAAAAACCGUUAAGAGAACUUGAAGCGCAGCGCUUAGAGAAAGAAAGAAGAAUGUUGGAUAUAAUGAAGAACCAGAAAGUAAUAUUCAAUGACACUGUUGCUAUUUUGUUCCCAGAAGCGAUAAAAAAACCUGAAAAAGUAAAAAAAAGUCUUUUGUCAAGCGACAAAGAGCAACUCAAGAAAGAAUACUUAGAAGAUUAUGAAUAUCUUAAGGGAAACGCUAUUAUUACUGUAAAACAAAACCGGUUUAAGGUACCGUUUAAUUGGGAUGAAACUAUUGCCGAAGGUAAAGAACGAAGGCAGGCUUUGAAUGCUCAUGAAGCUUUUGUUAAGAUGCAUAAAGAAAGACUUGAAACCGAUGAUGAUCGAGACUAUCGUGAAAAACCUUCAUAUCAUUCAGAGCCUCCACCAGCUUUAGAACCCGACCAUGAAGAAGUAGAAGAGGAAAACUUGAAUUUAUCACUUUAG